UUGGCUCCGCCCUACGUCUUCUCUGCCGUCAUAUUAUUGCGACGGUGUGUCCGUUUCAAACAUGGCUUCUAGAUUAGAAAUCAAUUUUAUCCGAUUGUUGUCCCGCUGUGAAUCUAUAGCGUCGGAGAAACGAGGAGAAACGGAAUGGAGGUUAGAAAAGUAUGUUGGUGCCCUGGAGGAGAUGUUGGUGGCUCUGAGGAAAAGCCUGAGCAAACCCACAGCAGAAAUGCUGACCGAAUACACAAGAAAAGUAGAAUUUCUGAAAGGUCUUCUUGAGGCAGAGAAACUGUCUUCACCAACAGAAAAAGCCUUAGCUAAUCAGUUCCUCGCCCCCGGACGAACGCCCACAAUAGCCAAUGAGAGGAUGCCUGUCUCUAAAACUGUCCACAUGCAGACGAAGGCCCGGUGUACAGGAGAGAUGAGGGACGAGCUGCUCGGCACGGGUGUAUCAGGCAAAGGCAUGUCAGAAACCGACUUGCGAAACAGAAGAGGUCUUCCUCUGGAUGAGCGUCAGUCUGCUGCAGAGCUGGAGGCCGUCCUGCAGCACCACCACAACCUGCAGGAGAAACUGGCCGAGGACAUGCUUCACCUGGCCCGCAACUUGAAGAACAACACUCUGGCAGCACAGAACAUCAUCAAACAGGACAACCAGACUCUGAGCCAGUCUAUGCGUCAGGCAGACAUGAACUUUGAGAAGCUGAAGACGGAGUCGGAGCGACUGGAGCAGCACACCAAGAAGUCCGUUAACUGGCUGCUGUGGCUGAUGCUGAUCCUGGUCUCCUUCACCUUCAUCAGCAUGAUCCUCUUCAUCAGGAUCUUCCCCCGACUCCGAUGAUGACUGCCUACAAACCCAAACUCUUUAGUCCUACGUGCUCCUGUGUUUACAGAGCAGUAACUACAUAGGCCUCAUUGGUUCGCGCGAUGCAGAGCAGUAGGGGUCCGAACCAAAACAAGCCGGUUUGAUGAACUGAAACAUUUGCACUUUUGAAACCGAAAUUCUUCCUCUAAACGGGCUGAUGGAAGUUAAAAACAUGGUUUGAAGCAUCGUUAUUCAAUUUUUUUUUUUUUUAAUAGAACGCGAACGGAGGUCAAGAGCUUGUUGUUGGAGGGUUUCUAGAAUAUAGUCUUAAUACCAAGAUAGCAGGGACUGAGCCUUAAUUAUUUUAAUCCCUCCUCAGGUAGGCUACUAGCCGUUGAAUACAUUUUUCAUUUCUCACCGAAAUCACCUUUUUUUUUGUGUAGAUUUUUAUUUUGUUUUUUUUGCCAAGCAUACAUCUUUUAACACUAUAUGGAAUUAAUUAAAUAUCUAAAAAUGCAGAAUUAUAAAUUGCUGUAAAAGUACUAAAACUCCGAAUAGUUUUGUUACACUUCAACUACCCAUGUUUAGCAUUGGAAUGCUCAUGAAAAUGUUUAAUACAUGGUUUAAAACACAAUAUUGUUGUAAGCAGGACAUUUCAAAGUGGUUGUCAACUAUCCUAACUUCUCCUAUGAAGUAAUGUUAUUAAUACUGUUUACUGAAUUAUUAUUCAUUAGAGCAGCCUCCACUUCUUGUUGCCCACAGGUUUUAUAGUUGUUGACAAACUAACAUACAUUUAGAGCCGUCAAUGACUUCAUUAGUGUUAUGAAGCAUUUAAUAAAUGUUUAUACAGUGCUUAUAAAUGCUAAAUAAGGGGGUUAAAUUCAACGAAAUUAAAUAUUACGAAUUAUUAAACAUUUUCCAAGCAUUUAAAUGCUUCAUCUUCUUAGUUAGGUUUCAAGUUUUAUUAUUGGUUUACAUUUCCAUAUAUGUCAAUAUCCUCAUGUUUAUUGUUUUAAGUCUGUAUGUGUUUGUGGUUGAUUCCAUAAAUGUCCAUCAGGUGGCGAUAUCUGUUAUGUUGGUGAUGAGUGAUGUGAGUGAAGAUUUUUCUUUCUCAUUAAAAUGACUGUAACCCUAUGCAUCACAUUAUUCUGAACAGCUGUGCAUGAGUGUAAGAUCACAAGCAAUUAGUUAUUAUUCCAAGAAAGUAUGAAGAUGCUUAAUUACAAUUGUUUCCUUUAGUUGGUUUAGGCACAAUGUGUUGUGGAAGCUGUGUAUGACUUUUCCUCAUAAACUAAAAUAGGAAACUGCGCCCUCUGUUGUUGAAAUGUCUGAUGCAGUGGCUGCAUGUGACCAGAGUGUGUCAGUCACAUCCGGAACAUGUGAACAGAUAAUGGCCUCAAUGACCCUGAUGGCCCGAUCAAGCCAUGAAUCCUAAAUUAAACCCACUACUCAUUUAGAAGUGGUCUGAGGACUGAAGUAUGGCUAAAUAAAGGCAGUCAGCCAUAGAA